CUCCCUUCCUCUAGCGCCUGCUGCCUCUCUCACUCCAUGGCGUGGAUCUGGAUGGUCCUCGCGGCGGGAGCCGUGCUCCUGUGGGCGAUCUCUUUGGGGCGGGUCCUCUCCUCCGCCGCGCCGUCCUGUGUGCCCUCGAGCCCGCAGUUCAUGCCCCCUCUCAGCGGUGACAGGAGGAGCCGGAACGUGCUGCUGGUCGUCGCCCACCCCGACGACGAGUCCAUGUUCUUCGCUCCAACCAUUCUUUUCCUCAAGUCGAAAGGCCACAGUAUUCACAUUCUGUGCAUGUCUCGAGGUAAUGCUGAUGGUCUGGGAGAUACUCGUAAGGAAGAAUUGUACCACGCCUGUGUCAGCCUCAAGAUUCCACAUGAACAAGUCAAAGUCUUGGACCACCCAAAAUUGCAGGAUGGAUUUCAUGAGAAAUGGGACCAUGGACUAGUAGCAGAACUUACCAUGGAGCAUGUCCAACUGUGGGCCAUUGACACGAUUGUUACAUUUGAUUCAUAUGGAGUAUCAGGUCAUCCAAACCACAAAGAUGUUCAUCACGGCAUAUGCAAGUUUCUCCAUACGAACAGGCAAGGGAACGUGGAAGCUUGGGAACUAGCAAGUCUCAGUAUUCUUCGCAAGUACAGUGGUCCGAUUGACAUUUGGCUUUCUUCAUUGACGUCCUUCGCAUGGACAAAACAGCCAAUCUAUACUCUAGUUAACAGUAGCCCGUCCAGAAGCUAUGAGGCAAUGGCUGCACACAGAAGUCAGUGGGUUUGGUUUAGAAGAUUGUUUGUCAUGUUCUCGAGUUAUACAUACAUAAAUAUGCUACGGAGAAUUUAACAUGUGAUGUGGCGUCAUACCAUGAUACCAGAGCAAGCCGCCAUUGUCGUCUCCAAUGUUGUACUUGUGCAUCGUCAAUUGUACAUCUAUAUGUAUCACUGGAUUUUAGUUGUACAUUCUCUAUAGACAGUGCUCAUAGGGUGACUGUAGAAUUUCUUUUCCCCAAUCCAGAAUUGCACUGAAUGGCUGAAAUACAGUUGUCUUUCAAAAGAAACUGAAAUACAGUGAUGCUCACUGGCUUA